CUUUGCUUUCCGCAGUAACCUGACAUUCCACUGAAGUCGUGGUUCAGAGCGCGCCACCGCCUGCAACCUACGCAGACAUCAAGGCCACGUCGACUAAAACAAACAAAAAGACGCUCAAAAAUUGUUUCCUGACUUUUUUCUCAGUCUGAAGCAGAAUUUUGACACAGUGCACUAUGUUAGAUUCGUCUUCUAGCGAAGACACUGGUGGGGAGUCCGACUUAGAGCCUCAGAGGAAACCGGACGCCUCUUCCUCUGCAGAGAAACGGGAAACGGGACCCCCGGGCAGCCAGCAGCUGCGCUCCGCGACACCUGGAAGCCUCGCCGGCAAAAGUACGAAAGUGAACAGCGCUACAGAUGAAGAACAGGAAAAGAGGAAACGUGAGUCCAUUCAGAAGGAGGAAGAGGAGAGGAAAAUAAAACUGCAGAUUUAUGUGUUCGUCCUCCGGUGCAUAGCCUACCCGUUCAACGCCAAGCAGCCCACCGACAUGUCCCGUCGGCAGCAGAAGGUCAAUAAGCAGCAGCUACAGGCAGUAAAGGAGCGUUUUCUUGCUUUCCUCAAUGGAGAAACUCAAAUUGUGGCUGAUGAAGCUUUCUGCAAUGCUGUGAGAAGCUACUAUGAGGGCUUCCUAAAGAGUGAGCGUAUUUCCCGGAUGGUUCAGAGCGGUGGCUGUUCAGCUAAUGACUUUCGUGAGGUUUUCAAGAAAAACAUUGAGCGCCGUGUCCGCAGCCUUCCUGAGAUCGAUGGGCUGAGCAAAGAGACUGUGCUCAGUUCCUGGAUUGCAAAGUAUGAUGCUAUCUACAGAGGGGAUGAGGACCUGUGGCGCCAACCACAGAGGGCACACCUAAGUGCUGUUUCAGAGCUCAUCCUUAGUAAAGAGCAACUCUACGAGAUGUUCCAGCAGAUCCUCAAUAUCCGCAAGUUUGAGCACCAGCUGUUGUACAAUGCCUGCCAGCUCGAUAGCAUGGAUGAACAGGCAGCUCAGAUCCGUAGAGAGCUGGAUGGCAGGUUACAGUUGGCCGAAAAGAUUGCCAAGGAACGGAAAUACCCAAAGUUUGUCUCUGCUGAUAUGGAGGCUCUGUAUGUGGAGGAGCUGCGAUCAUCUGUCAACCUACUGAUGGCAAAUUUGGAGAGUCUGCCUGUGUCUAAAGGAGGUCCAGACUUCAAACAGAAGCUCAAACGCUCCACUGUAAAUAACUCCUUUCUAGAUCUUGGAGAUGAGGGAGAUCUGUCUAAGUCGGACAUCGUCUUGUCUUUCACUCUGGAGAUUGUAAUCAUGGAGGUCCAGGGCCUGAAGUCAGUGGCCCCAGACCGUAUGGUUUACUGUACCAUGGAGGUAGAAGGAGAAGAAAAGCUACAGACCGACCAAGUAGAAGCCUCAAGACCACAGUGGGGGACUCAGGGGGACUUCACCACAACUCACCCUCUGCCUUCAGUUAAAGUGAAGCUCUUCCUAGAGAGCACCAGGGUCUUAGCUUUGGAUGACAAGGAGCUGGGCAAGGUAAUCCUGAACCCGACUACCAAUGGACCAAAGCACACAGAGUUCCAUCGUAUGAUUGUCCCCAAGAACAGCCAGGACACAGAGCUGAAAAUCAAACUGGCUGUCCGCAUGGACAAACCUCCCAACAUGAAGCACAGCGGAUACCUGUACGCUAUGGGGCAGAGGGUCUGGAAACGCUGGAAAAAAAGAUAUUUUGUUCUUGUCCAGGUUAGUCAGUACACAUUUGCAAUGUGCAGCUAUAGAGAGAAGAAGGCUGAGCCUCAGGAGCUGAUGCAGCUGGAGGGCUACACAGUGGACUGCUGUGAGCCUCGGCCAGGUCUGCAAGGUGGUCGGGUUUUUUUUAACGUGUUGAAGGAAGGCGAUUUGGUGAUGUUUGCUUGUGAUGAUGAGCAGGAACGGGUGCUGUGGGUCCAGGCCAUGUACCGAGCGACUGGACAGUCCUACAAACCGAUCCUCCACCCCAAAAACAAAACCCCAAACUGCAGAGGAGGAAACCAGAAACUGACAUCCCCCAUCAGUCUUGAUCCAUCUCAGCGUCAGGCAGUGGAAAAGUUGAUCUCAGCGUCUCCGUGUCAGUUCGACCACGCUGCCCUGUUCACCAUUUUACAGAAACACACACUCCAGCAUCGAAUGAACGACUCCUUCUCCUGCCUGGGCUGGUUCAGUCCUGGUCAGGUGUUUGUCCUGGAUGAGUACUGUGCUCGGUAUGGUGUUCGAGGCUGCCACCGCCAUCUGAGCUACCUGAAGGAGCUGAUGGAUUAUUCGGAGAACAAUGCUCUCGUCGACCCAAUGCUGCUACACUACAGCUAUGCCUUCUGCGCCUCCCACGUCCACGGAAACAGGCCUGAUGGGAUAGGCACAGUGACCAUGGAGGAAAAAGUGCAGUUUGAAGCAAUCAGAAGUCGUCUCAUUGCUCUGCUGGAGAACCAGAUCACACAUUUUAGGUAUUGCUUUCCCUUUGGACGACCAGAUGGGGCCCUAAAGGCCACGCUCUCCCUUCAGGAACGGGUUUUGAUGAAAGACAUCACUACCCCUGUUCCUCCAGAGGAUAUGAAGAAACUGGUGCAGAGGUGUCUGGAACAAGCAGCUCAAAUCAACUAUAGUCAGUUGAUUGAAUAUGCUAAAAUCAAGGUGGAACAUCAGGUACCUUCAGAGAAAAGACUGGAGGACAUGAUGAGGCUGGGAGAGCUCUGCAUCGAAGUCUUGCAACAGAAUGAAGAACAUCACUCUGAG